AUGACAGAUCUAUACAAUGUUGAAGCUGCAGAAAAGGUUGUGAAUGAGGCACUGCUUCUACCGAUAUCAGAGGCAAUGCCUAUAUAUGAGCAACUUCUGUCCACAUUCCCCACAGCGUCAAUGAGAAGAAGGGAAUUGAGGGGCAGGAAGAGACCAGAAAAGCUUUUGAUAUCAUGCUCAGCUAUGUUGGUUAGUUUUCUUUCUUAA